UUACAAAAAAAUGUUUCGAACAAAUUGUGUAGAGCAGUGUUUUCUUGUAGAUAUGAAUUAUUUUAUUGCAUGCAACUCGUUUUCUUAAAAUAACGAAACGAGAUAAUUAAAUUCAGACAUACACAUUUCAAUAAAUAGUAAUUUAUUCGUUGUAUAGAAUUUCCCAAGUUUCCAUUCUAAUAUUAUUGUAUAAUAAAUGUAUUAACAAUUUUAAUUAAACUUGGAAUAUUGCUAAUAAAACAUACGUCACGAAAUUGAUGUUAUUUCGAGAAAUCGUAAAUAUGUACGAAUAUAAUAAUCACUCGACAUUAAACAACAAAAAGAUGAAGAUCAGUUGGAAAUUGUUUGUGUUUUGUGGGGUGAUAUCGACUGUUAUUUCCGAUUAUACUUUCAUUCCACCUUUUAAUAUAUCAAGUGGUACUUCGAUACAUAGUACCGCAUUAUCAAGAGAAUGUCUAAAAGACUUUACGCUAUAUUUGGAAACUUUGAAUGAGACUAAAAGCGAUGGGGAUAAUUGGGCAUUACAAAUGUUUGAUGCCACCGCUAAAUUUCCAUCCGGUCUGCUUUCGUAUAAUUUCGCAGAAUUAGGAAAUUUCCAACAAUGUAUAAAUAUCAAAUUUAAGAAUAUUUCCGGUAAAUAUUGUCUGGGAAACGCAGUAGUUAACCGUAGCGUCAUCUAUGAAACUUCAAAUUAUUCCCAACGGCAUGUGUACUUGAAAAACCUAAUGAUGAAAGUAGCUGAAGGUCAUAUUUUUGCCGGUAACCUCAAGUGGGGAAUCUGUUUACCUGAUGGUUGUACCGAAAAAGACGCUCUACAGUUAAUGCGUAUGACAGAUACUCUAAAUAUGUCAAUAUCAUCAGUGAUAUGUCAAACUAAAUACGAUCCUUAUCUCAAUUUUAAUGUUAGCGAAAUAUAUGGAACAACAAUUUUCAGUACUUUUUUUUUGAUAAUUAUAAUUUCUACAUUGUUAGAUACAACAAAAAAAUCAAAAGAAAAAGGAAUGGUUUAUAAGACAUUUAAAGCCUUUUCUUUACUCAAUAAUUUCAAACUUUUAUUCACUAUACCAAAACGUAAUUCCAUGCUUUCUUGUCUUGACGGUAUAAGAGUUAUUAGUAUGAUUUGGAUCGUGACGUUACACGUAUAUUUAGGAUAUUUGGGAGGACCGUUAGUAAAUUCCAAAGAUUUCGUCAACUUUACAGAUUCGUGGCCUAGUAUGUUUAUAUAUAAUGGAGGACUAGCUUGCGAUACGUUUUUAUUAAUCGGAGGUAUCUUAGUAACUUAUGUGUUUUUCAAAAAAAAUCAACAACAUAAUAUGACUUUUACCAAGAUUCUAAAACAUUAUCUUCACAGAUAUAUACGUUUGACACCAUCGGUGGUAGGGGUGGUUUUACUGCAUAUAACUGUAGUUAAAUAUUUAGGCUCCGGACCUAAUUGGACUUUAAUGGUGGAUCUUGCAGGGCGAUGUCAAAAAUCUUGGUGGUCCACAAUAUUAUACAUCCAAAAUAUUGUAAAUGUCGAUAAAAUGUGCGCCGAUCAAACUUGGUAUUUAAACGUCGAUAUGCAGUUGUAUUUAAUGUCUCCAUUGAUAUUUUGGUCGUUGAAAAAAUCUCCCAGACUAGGAAUCGCUUUGUUAUUAUUAUCGGCAUUUCUUUCGAUGUUUUUAUCAUUUACAAGGGCUUAUUCGUAUGAAAUGUCGGCUAUAACGAAUACUCAUUAUCUGAGGGGUGACCUUGAUGUAUACAUGAAUCAGUAUUAUUUUAAAACGGAAACGAGAGCUACUCCCUGGUUACUGGGAGCUAUUUUAGGUUAUGUUCUAUCUAGAACGGAUAAAAUAAUUAAAUUAGGAAGGAUACAUUUAAUAUGUCUUUGGGUACUGAAUUUAACAAUUAUAGUAACUUGUAUACUAUCCGGUCAUAGUACUUUAAGAUCCAGCGAUUACCGGAGACUCGAAAAUUCAUUAGCUAUAGCGUUAGUAAGGCCAUUUUUCGCGACGUCUGUCGGAUGGAUUAUUUGGGCUUGUGCCACGGAACACGGAGGUAUAAUUAACAAAUUUCUGUCGCUUUCGAUAUUUCAAUUUUUGAACAAAUUCAUCUUUAGUGUAUAUUUGUUGCACGUGACGAUUCUUAAAAUAAUAUUUCUUUCGGUAAAAACACCGAUGUAUUUCGGAAUAUUCAACAUGGUUUACGAUGUUUGUGGAAUUUUGAUGAUUAUGUUUUGGGUAUCAAUAUUAUGGAUAUUGGUAUUCGAAAGCCCGUUGAUUGAAAUUGAAAAAAUGAUAUUUUCAAAAUAAAUCAUAAUCAACAAUAUCUUGAAAAUCCUCAUUAAAUUCCAUAUAUGAGUCACGUGACUCAUUACGUCUAAAUUUCUAAACAAUUUUGACAUUAUUUUGACAUUUGACAUCGAAUAAAAAAAUAUUUAUGGAAA